AUGGAAUAUCUUGAACAAUUUACAGUGAUUGAUAAAAAUAGAGAUGGAAUCAUUUCAAGAAGGGAUUUAUUUAAAUAUGCAUUAAGUAUUGGUGAAGAUUUGUCUAUGGUUGAUAGAUGGUUAAGACUUUUCGAUACAAAUGAUAAAGGCAUAAUCACAAUUGAAGAUGUCAGUCGUACUCUGGGUGUACCACCUCCGAAAUUUUAUGAUGAAAGAUAUAAUCGACGACUUAAUGGAAAAUUUGAAUCAUCCAGUGAUGUUUUUCAUCAAGCUGCAGCAAAAUUUCGUUCAACUGAAGAUAUUACACGUUAUUCACAAUCAUCAUUAACAUCUACAGAAAAUUUAUCAAUGCAUAAACGUAGUUAUUCUACUGAUAAUGUACCAUCAGAUUAUCAUAGAUCAAAAGUUGAUAAUUCAUGGCAACUAAAUGAUGAACCAUUACUUAUAGAAUAUUCAGAUGAAAAAAUUAAAGAGAAAUUAAAUCAAUUAAUUGAAAUAGCUAUUAAAAAACAAAUUGAUAUUCAAACAAUACCACAAUUUAUAGCAAUAGCAUUAGAAAAGAAUAUGGUCGUAAUUGGCAUGUAA